AUGCCGGCACACCCUCACCUAGGCUAUAGCAAUCCAGUGAUUGGCCAUGACUUUGCCGACCCGGGAGUCUUUUUCGAUCGUCAGACCCAGACAUGGUAUGCUUUUGGUACCAACGGCAAUGGAAAGAACAUUCAAUGCUCCUACACCAAAGACUUUUGCUCAUGGACUCAACAUGAACAAGACUGCCUUCCUGGACCCUUCCCUCCGUACCAGUCCGGUGCACCAGGCUUCCUCUGGGCUCCGGAGCUGAUUGAAGCACCUCAGAAUCGGGGCGGCUACCUGAUGUAUGUUUCUUGUCAAGACUCCAUCUACAAGAAGCAAUGCAUUGGCGUCGCCUAUUCAGAUCAUGAUCCAAAAGGUCCUUAUCGCUGGAUCACAGACCGUCCACUGAUCUCCAGGGGAGAGACUGGCGGAACACUGGACCCGCAACCCUUCGAGGAUCCGGUCAGCGGCAAGCGCUAUCUCGUGUACAAGUCCGAUUGGGACCGCAUGUAUACCGAUCACCCACAACUAUGGCUAUCAGAACUUUCCCCCGACGGCCUCUCUCUUGUAGGCGACAUGCACCCCCUUCAAGGUCCCACACACCGAUAUCAAUGUGGUCUGUUAGAAGCGCCCUACCUCUUCCACCACGCCCCCAGCAACGCCUACAUCCUGUUCUUUUCCUCUGGCACGUUCACCAAUGGCACCUACGCCACCUCCUACUCGAUCUCGCAUAACGGGCUCUUCGGUCCAUACAAAUGUCCUCCAAAGCCUCUUCUAGAGACCGAUCGAAUACGCAGCGUCAUGGGUCCUGGUGGAGCCUGCGUUCUGCGCGGAGUAGAAAAUGAACACUUUAUCGUCUUCCACGCGCUCGAGAGAGAGGGAGGCAAUCGUAGGACAUGUGUCCAACGCAUCUGCUUCAGCGAUGACGGCACACCCGGCAAAAGACUGCGUCUAGGAGCAGAGCAAGAAGAUGAUAUGCAACACUUUGACAACCAGCUGCCGCAAUCUACCCAUGAAGCCGGUCCUGGACACGUCAAGACAGGGUCGGCAGUGUCGAAGCUGCUUCGUAAGGUCAAGGCCAAGCUCGACUCGGAUUCCGAUUAG